AUGGCAGCAGUCAAUCCAGAUCUACAGUUUGUUUCGAUUUUUGGGAAGAGUAUCAUCCUCAACGCGGUCAAUCUUUUGACCGGGGGUAUCCUCUACGGGAUAUACAUAAUUUUAUUUUGCACUGCUGCGACUGUUCUGUGCCACCGAGAAGGCAACGGAAAAGCAAAAGCUAUGUUGCUGGUGGCCAUCGUCACGAUGUUCAUCAUGUCGUCCUUUGGUUUCUGGACCGACGUCACCAUAUUCUUUGCCGGCAUCCGAGAUAUCUUGGUUGGUAACAUCGGUCAGCCUUUCGGGUAUAAGCAAGUCGUAUUCACGGAACAAUUCAAAAAUCUGGACUCUGUCAAGCAAGUUAUGCUUCCUUUCGAGAUCGUGGUAGGAGAUUCAAUUGUUAUCUGGAGGGCUUGGGCUCUCUCUGCUGGAAACCGAAAAAUUGUUGUCAUUCCCUUGCUACUUCUGAUUGGAUCGGCCGCCUGCUCAUUCGCGUUCUUGGGUUGCUUUUCCCAGCAUGACUGGCCCAUCGUCAACCCAGAUACGUGCAACUCAAUUGAAAUUUCGGCGUUCAGCCUGUCAAUCGCGACGAAUAUGUCGGCUACAAUUGUUAUCGGAUUUAAAUUCUGGUGCUUCUCCAUCGUUGCCUGCGUUGACUAG